AGGGUCCGCCUGCAAAGUCAGCGCUGGAGCAGCCAAAGGCAAGUCAGUUGCCCAUGAUAAAGUGUUUUGUGCUUUGUGUGUUCAUGGUAAGAAAAAUGUGCAUAGGCCAACGUAAUUGAUGUUUCGGAACGCAUGUGCUAAAGGGCCGCGUGCUACGAGGUUUGGCUGGAUUUUGUUGCCAGAGCCAAAGUCAGCGCUGGUCACCGAAGUGCCAAAGGGUCCGCCUGCAAAGUCAGCGCUGGAGCAGCCAAAGGCCACACUGCCGGAGCCAAAGUCAGCGCUGGUCACAGAAGUGCCAAAGGGUCCGCCAAAAGCGCCGCUGGAGCGGCCAAAGGCUACCGUAGAGAUUCUUGAGGACUCAGAUUCUUCUAGCUCCUCAGAGAUCCAGGAUCAGCAAGAGUCCUCCAGGUUGCAGGCUCUAGUGGCACCUUCAGGAUUGUCUAGCGGGAGCUGCAUCGCCCUGACCACAGAUGGCGAGACAGCGCCAGAAUUGGAUCACCCAGCAAAUCCUGAGGUCAAACUGGAAAAGGAGCUUGUCGAACCAGAAGAGGAGCACCCUGAGGAAGUAAGGGCGAGGGCCAAACCCGAGGAACGACCUGAAGUGCCGAGAGAGCUCAACGAAUGCGCGAGCGCACCGAGUGCGAGCGCAGCCAGCGUACUGCGUGUCUUCUCCGUGGAGUUGGAACGCGGCGCAGUCGCGGAGAAGUGGGGCUUUCAAUGGGAUCGCGAGGCAAUGGACAGGCAGAAGCAGCGUGUAAUCAGUGCAGUGGCAGCCAACUCUUUGGCCGAAGAUUGGAAUCGACGUUUUCCCAGUCGAGCUGUUCGAAAAGGCCAUCGUCUUGUGCAGGUAAACGCCAUCAAAGACCAUGAUGGGAUUGCCGCAGAGCUCAAGAAGAAGCAGAUUACCUGCCACUUUGAGGAACAGCAGUCAACAUGAAGCUUGGCUUGACGAAGAAGGCGCUCGCAUGUCGAGAUGGGCACCUCACAGACCUGAGAUUUCGAUGGCCUCCAACAUACUAGCGGCCUGGGCUUCCAAAGUUUUUGCAUAGAUGUGAACGAUUGAAAAAUUGAUGUCUCUUUACAUUUAGAAAAAGGAUAGAACAAGAACAAAUAAUUUUCAAAGCCUGUGUUUCACAGCCACAAAGUCCUAGACUCCAGUGCUUUUCCUUCAGCUGAAACUAAAGCUGAAGCAUACGGCGG